CUAGUCCUUCUGCAACUAUCAUCUUGGUGGAUUCUCUUUUCCCUGUCAUCUUGGCUUCAAAGUGACACUCUUCUCAUCAGCGCACCACUCAUAUGCACGCUUUUGCAGGGCUGCAAUGGACGGUUGGAUCCCCGGGGCUUGUGACACUGAAAUCUUGGUGACAUGUCCUUGAGUGGCAACACGAGCUGGUCUUCUGCAUCGUCGACGGCUCUUCCUCCGUCCUUCAACACCUCCGCCGCGACGCACUCCCUGCCACGGGAGGAGGGAGGGGCCCGUCAUGAGCCCGCGCAGGAAUGGCUGGAGAAUAAGACCCAGCUCCUCUCAGACCUUGCUGUUUUCGGGCACGAUGAGCUGUGCCACAUGUCUCCUCUCCUCACGGUGUGCUUGGUCAUUUGGUACAGCGUCACGAUGGUGCUGGGGAUUGUCGGGAACAUCGGCCUUAUUUGCAUCAUCACCCGUCACAUAGAGAAAGUCAACGUCACCAGCAUUUUCAUCUGCAACCUGUCAUUCUCUGACAUCCUGGUGUGCGUCUUCUGCCUCCCUUUCACUGUCAUAUACACACUCAUGGAUCAUUGGGUGUUUGGAUCCCUGCUGUGCCGUCUGGUGCCGUUCAUCCAGUGUGUUUCUGUGACUGUGUCAGUGCUGUCUUUGGUUUUCAUUGCUCUAGAGAGACAUCAGCUGAUAAUUAACCCCUCCGGAUGGAAGCCAAGCAUCCCUCAAGCCUAUAUUGUGAUAUUGCUUAUUUGGAUUCUUGCUGGACUCACCUCGUCGCCUUUCUUGGCCUUUCAGCUCCUCACAAACGAGCCCUACACCAACGUAAUCAAUCCCCCGUCUCCUCUGCAUCACCUGUCCUCUCCUGGGGCUCAUCUCAAUACAUCUCCACCUCCACCUGUUUCCUACACUUUCAAAAACUCAUCCACUCAACACACCGUCUUCUCUUACGUCGCAGCCUCUCCACACAUGGAGGCCUGUUUAGAGCACUGGCCGUCCCAGCAGCACAGGCUCGCGUACACCACAUGGCUCCUGCUGUUCCAGUACUGCGGUCCACUCUUGCUGGUACUGCUUUGUUACGUCAGAGUUUUUGUGCGGUUACGCCACCGCAAAGACAUGCUGGACCGUGCCAGGACCCCGGAGAAUCAGCACAUGACCCACAGCCGCAGAAUCACCAUCAUGCUGGUCGCCCUUGUCACGGCCUUCGCUCUCUGCUGGCUGCCGCUCACCAUCUUCAACGUGGUGUCAGACUGGAACCAGGAGGCUCUGCCAGUCUGCCACCACAACCUUCUGUUCUCCCUAUGCCACCUGCUGGCCAUGUCCUCCACCUGCAUUAACCCCAUCAUCUACGGCUUUCUCAACUCCAACUUCAAGCAGGAGGUGAGCGAGAUACUGCUCCACUGCCGCUGCCGACACCUAGAAGAGGAGUGUGAGAGGUUACCCAUGUCCACCGUGCAUAUGGAAAUGUCUCGAACAUCUGUGCCUCUGAGCAGCAGGAGCAACUCUGUCUGACUCUGAUGUCACAACAUACGCGUGUACUAUGGUGUAGUUAUAGGACUAACAUGUGUUGUUCGUUCUGUAGAGACUUUAUAACCUAUUGUCAUUGUUUUGAGGUGAAGUGUGCAGUGAAAUUCUGGUUGACCUUUUACUUGAGUAGCUCUGAAUUAUAAAAAGAAACUUCCUAUAUGCUUAUAUCUGACUUUGUCAUGGACUGUAUCUUGUACUGAAAGGUAAAACAAAAAUGUAUUGUGAUGUGAGAUGUUUUUUCUAUAUGAAUGUUGUACUGCUGUUGUAUUUUUUUUACAUUUAAUGAUCUUUAUUUAUGAAACACUUAUUGUUUAUUGUGUAAUCUUCUACAGUGAAUAUAUUGUGAUUCAUUUGAUUUACAGAAAUGACAUUUCAACAUCUUAGAUGAGUUUAAUAAAGAAAUGUAGAUAUAGCAUCAAAUGUGUUUAUACCAUCUGUCUAUGUAGCCUUUUUAGUCCAAAGGCUGUGUAUGACUGUGCAUAUCAUAAAUGCACAAAUUUCCCCCACAGGGGAUCAAUAAAGUUUAUCUUUAUCUUUAUCUUUAUGUGUAGUAUAGAGCUGUUCAGAUCACCUGGACACAUGCUAAUGCCAGGUGUAAACAAGGUCUUUUUGGAAAACUGUAUCCUGGAGGAAUCCUUUCUUUG